AUGGAUGUGUUGCCGCCGCCUCCCAAGAGGCAGAGGGGCGGCCAGUCCCAGUCCCGUCGCCAGCAACAACAACAACCGCCUCCCGGACCCAAACCCGUCAGAGGACAUGACGGCGGCGGCGGUGGUUGCGAGGCAGUCGACGUCGACAUCAACGUCGACGUCGAUCUGCUGAGCUCCCUCCACGACGACGUCCUGGGCAGCAUCAUCACGCUGCUACCCACCAAGGACGGCGCGCGGACGCAGGUCCUCUCGCGGCGGUGGCGUCCGCUGUGGCGCUCGGCGUCGGCGCCUCUCAACCUCGAGGCCACGGUCGUCGCACCGGCAGCCGUGAACCUUCGGCCGACGUCUCCACCGUCCGCCGUCGUCGGCGCUUUGCGGGCGCACGGGGGCCCCGCCCGCCGCGUCUCGCUCACCUGGCUCGGCCCAUUCGACUCGUUCCCGAUGGUCGACGGCCUGCUGACGCCGCCGACGACGCUCCACCGCCGCGGCGUCGACGGCGGCGGAAGCCGGUUCCCCUCCCUCGACGGCCUCCGGGAGUUCGAGCUCUACUACAAGCCCAUCAACGUCCCCGGUGUCCACCGGCACCCGCCGCCGAUGGCGUCCCUGCGCCGCUUCGCGCGGACACUGCGCGUGCUCACCGUCUGCUCCGCUGCCUGCAGUCUCGGCAGUUACAACCCGUACAGGCUCGCCUUCCCGCCGGAGACGGAGCUCGAGUUCCCGAAGCUCGAGCAGCUUACCCUGAAGCACGUCAGCAUCUCUGAAGCCGCCCUGCAUGCUGUUCUUGCCAGAUGCCCUGCGCUGCAGAGCUUGGUGCUGCACAGGAACGAAGGCUACGGUCGUCUCGUGAUCAGAUCGCCGACGCUCCGGAGCCUUGGCGUAUCACAUGGUGCUGAGGUCGUCGUCGAGGACGCUCCGAUGUUGGAGAGGCUCAUCCCUCGUCAUCUAGGAAAAUUCCUCCGGAUCCAGGUUGUCCAUGCACCUAGAAUGAAGACGCUGGGAUAUCUGUGUGACACAAUCUCUGAAUUUGAGAUGGGAACAACAGUUCUCAAGAUACAUUAUUUUUGUGUCGGCAAGAUCGAUCCUGCACCCGUCGAGCGUCCUCCGGUACGCCGGCCGCCGCACGCUGGAGUGCCGCGCGCCCAAGGCCUCGUCGUCGCUGGCAUCCACGACGCAAAUGUUGCUGCGCGGUGA